UCAAAUUCAUUGUGUAUGGGUAAUGUAGUCUCUGCUCUCAGUGGGACGAAUAAGAAAGCGUGCAUUGUGAAGGGCGCUCUAAAAAGCGGCAGCGCAGCCAAAGGACUGAAUGAAACCUCUGAUUUAAACAGAUGUGCAAAUGAGCAUUCCGAUACAGAAGCCAUAAUGGAAAUUUCAAAGGUAUGUCAAAGCCUGACUACUGCUGAGGAAAUGAGGAACCAAACCAAACUUAUAAUGCAGCCCUAUGCCAACUGGGAACAGUAUCUGACCCCAGCACCGCUUUCAAUAGCCAUCUUGGGAGAGCUAGUUUUCAUUUCGUCUGCAACAGAUUUCUCUAUCAACAAAAAUUCCCCCAAAGAAGGCUACAAACACAUCAAAUACCCCGAUUCCUUUCGCGCUUGCCUCAUGCAAGUGUGUAACGCUGGGUGGGGGGCAUUUAAUGAGGCCCAUACGAGCAUGGAUCAGAUUCGUCUUCACACUAGUCAAAUUCCACAAUACAUGAAAUCAUCUGUGAAGAUUCUGUUUGAAGGCACAGAUGAAGUUAUCAGAGCCCUUCUUCCUGAUCAACUGGAGAACAUCAGUGUUAUUGCAAAUGAAUGUCUGUUGUUGUCUAAUAAUACUGAACAACGUUUCACUAAAGUCAUCCAUAUCAUCCAAGAGCUGCUGGAAGCCUGUGUGAAUGCAGAGCACUUUUAUGGGGAAGAGAUGGAAGCAAUUAAGAAGACAAUAGAAGUGUCCAAACUGAAAGAGCAGUCAGCUAAAGAAGCCAAGGAAAGGACUAGCAGAGCAGUGAGUGCCAUGGAGAAGGAAAUGGAUCAGGCUGCUGAAAGCUAUCAAAAAGCUAUCAAUUCUAUUCCUAGUGGAUGGGAAAUGAUUGGUUUGGAUUUUGUAGGUGCGCUUGCACAGAGUGCUACAAGCCUUUUGAAUGGAGUGACAUCUGCUGUUUGUAACCCAGUGAGCACUAUAAGCUCUACACUAGAUAAUAUUAAAAAUAUCAAUAAAGAUCCAGAAAGAGAUUUGGUUGCUGAAAUAACUGCAUAUAGUAAGUCUGCGGAGAUUUUAAAGUAUGCCCAGAAUAUCCAGCAGCAAAUGAAGGUGUAUAGUAAGGAUGAUGAAAUUUCUUGGGCAAAUCUGUAUGAUCAGAAAGAGAAGUGUACAAAAAGCGAUUACAUAGGAGAACAGUUUAAAAGAAUGAUCAAUGAUUUAAACGCUAUACAUAACUGCACAGCAAAGAGUCAAGCUGAGAAGUUAUGCAAGGAUGGAAUCGAAAUAUGCCAAACUUUGGCAAAAUAUGCACCAGAUGGGAAAUGUGACAACAGCAAUGAGAUAAAAGCUAAGGUCUUGGAUCUGAUCCAGUCAGCUCGUGAGUUUGAUUGCAAGAGCAAAGACGCAACAAAUUCUCCAGCCAUGUCUCCAGUACCACCAAUGAUGAAUAAACAAUCUGAGAACAUGAAGCCUUCAGAGAGGGCCACAGAAAAUGCACGAUUUGCCAUAGAGCAGACCCGAGCUCAUAUGAACAAGACAAGAGACAUCUAUGAGAAGUGUUUAGACAACCUAGAGAAGAGCCAGAAGGAACUAACUGAAAUCCUGGUCACUUUGAGAAACUGUGAACUGAAAGAGAUUGACUUCAAAACUACCAUAGAUAUGCUGGUCAAAGGGAUGGAUGCAAUGGGAAGAGUGAAGGAGCAGUGGGAGAAGAUGGUUCACUUCUUUCAGAUGGUUUCCAACAUUGUGAAAACCAGCCUGAGCAAAACUCUUACAAACUUUGUUUCACUAUCUGAGGAAACACAAAAGCUCUCCUACAAUGCAAAGCUCUUCUCAAAAGAUCUGCUCUACAUUCAAGCUUUCCAAGCCUGUAACAUUGCAAGCCUGGUCAAUAUGAUCUCUGGAACAUACACAGAUGUUUCCAGUAAGUACCUCAUGGACCGUAUCAGCUCACUGGGCAAACUGAUGGCCAUGGAUAAAAGCAAUCCAGAAUUUGAGCAAGAGCGACAGCAGCUGCAGAAUGGCUGUGACGAGGCACAGAGAAGCAUUUUAAUGCUUGUGCUAAAAAAUAAAAAAGAUUUUGACAUGAAGAGCGCUGCAAGGCUAGAAAAGAUUGAUAGAGAGUUACUUGCAAUUUUGCCUAAAGCUCCUCCAGAGCAAAUCAAAAGCAUUGAAGAUGCAGUUAAAGCUGGAUUCACUAAAGCAGAAGAAGAACAAUACGUCUGAGAAAAGAAAAUACGAGAAAGGAUAAACCAACAACCAUUUCUGUCAUCCCUCAAAAUCUAAAACGUUGAUUCAGAUUAAGUGUGAGAAAUCAGAGAACUGUAAGGGUCAUGUCUUUUAUUUUGAAGGUCUAUGUUUCAUGUUUCUGUCUUUUAUUUUAAAUUCAUGUCUUGCCAUGCUGUUUCCCUGUUCCCUUAUGUGCCAUGUUCUGAUUGGUACCUAGCCCUUAUGUUCCCAUUGUCUUGGUCAACCUUUGUUAAUGUAAUCUUCUACUGGUUAAGGUAUAAUUCCAUGUUAUGUCUUAUAUCUUGUUCAUGCCAUGUUUUUGAUCUCUAAAUGUUACAUUCUAUUAAAACUGCACGUGGUUUCUCACUA